AUGAAUUUACUAUCGCUCGUUUUCGGCUUUCUAGCCCUCCUCCGGCUCUUCCUCCCCGCCUCGGCCACCCGACUCAUCGAAUCCAACGCCCUGAAUAUCUGUCAAGACAGCUCGAAUUUCACGGCAACCUAUUUCAAUGUCCUCUUUACUCCAGAUAAUCGCACUUUGGUCUUCAGUUUCGAUGGCGUAGCCUCCAUCUCCGGCAAAGUCACCGCCGACCUCAUCCUGUACGUCUACGGAUAUGCGAUUCCCCAGAAGACGCUCGAUCCGUGCAAGACGGACAAGAUGAAGGGAUUCUGUCCGAUGAAUGCGGGUCCAAUCGAUGUUCCGACCGCCUCGAUCCAGGUCGGGAAGGAUGUUGUCGAUCAGAUUCCCGGCAUCGCGUAUACCGUUCCUGACCUUGACGCCACUGUCCGGAUCUACGUCAACUCCAGCGCAACAGGCCAAAGCAUCACCUGCGUCGAGGCGCGCCUCUCCAACGACAAGACCGUCUACCAGGCCGGAGUCGGCUGGACCACGGCCAUCAUCUCGGGCCUGGGGCUGGCCGCGUCGGCAUUCACCUCGACACUGGGCCAUUCGAACGCGGCGGCCCAUCUCGCCGGCAACACCCUUGCGCUGUUCAGCUUCGUGCAGGCGCAGGCCAUGGUCGGGAUGCUGGCGGUGCACAUGCCGCCGAUCGUGCAGUCGUGGACGCAGAACUUCCAGUGGAGCAUGGGGGUGAUCAAGGUCGGGGCGGUGCAGAAGAUCGGAACGUGGUACCAGCGCGCGACCGGGGGUACGCCGUCGACGCUGCUGAUGCGGCUGUCGACUACGUCGGUGAAUGUGCUGAAGAAACGGAAGCGCGAUGUGGCUGAGAGCUCGACGAACGUGAUCGUCCGCGGUAUCAAGCGCGUGGGGCUCAAGGCUGCGAUCGAAGAUACGAACCUGUUCCUGACUAGCAUUAUCAUCUUCACCUUCUUUGCCAUGGUGGUUAUGAUUAUCGUCCUCCUUUUGAAAGUGGUCAGUGCCGCGCUGGCAAAAAAGGGACGAACGGGGCCCGCAUGGGGGUUCUUCCUCGCGGAAUGGGACGUCGUGGCCCGCGGGGUUCUAUAUCGGCUUGUCUUCAUCGGGUUCGCGCCGUUGAGCAUCUUCUGCCUCUGGGAAUUCACGCAGCAAGACUCGCCGGCGGAGAUCGUGGUGGCGGCCUUCAUCCUAGCCUCGAUCAUCGGGGCGCUAGUCUGGGCCGCCGUCAAGAUCAUCCUGCUCAUGCGGAAAUCGAUCUCGAUGCACCGCAAUCCGGCCUACGUUCUAUACUCGGACACCACCUGCCUCAACCGCUGGGGCUUCCUGUACGUGCAGUACCGCGCCACCGCCGCCAGCUUCAUCCUGGUCAUGAUCGGCUACCUCUUCGUCAAAGCGCUGUUCAUCAGCCUGGGGCAGUCGGUGCCGAUCGUGCAGACGGUGGCGCUGCUGGUCAUCGAGGGCCUGAUGCUGAUCGGGGUGAGCGUCGUGCGCCCGUGGAUGGACAAGCGCACCAACACGUACAACAUCGCCAUCGCUGCGGUGAACUUCCUCAACGCGAUUUUUGUCCUGUUUUUCUCCGGAGUGUUUGACCAGCCGGGCAUCGUCUCCGGGGUCAUGGGCGUGUGCUUCUUCGUGAUCAAUGCGGCGCUAACCCUAGUUCUGAUCUUGUUGGUGAUCUACGCGUCGGUCAUGGCGGUCAUCUCCAAGAGCCCGGACACGCACUACAAGCCUAUGCAGGAUGAUCGCGGCUCGUUCAUCCAGUCCAAGGUGCGUCUGGAGUCGGAGCUGGAUGAGCUGGCCGCCGCGGCUAGGGGAGACAUGCAUGAAAUCAAGUCUUAA